GAAGUGGGUAAUAAGCGUGCACUGGAGCAAGCGAAGCGAAACUUGGUAAAUCAUUAUUUAGUGGUUGGAUUAAGCGAACAGAUGCGAGAUUUCAUUGAAUUACUUGAAGUUUUACUGCCAUCAUUCUUUCGCGGAGCUCUGCAGCACUUUGAUUCACUCGACGAAAAACAUGCAAAUUUGCGGCACACAAAUCACAAAGCACCUCCCAGUAAAGCAACAGUGGAGGCAGUUCGCGAUGAUCCGAUAUACAUGAUGGAGCGGGAAUUCUAUGAUUUCGCGCAGGAGCAUUUCAAUGAAAUAUUUCGGCGUUCAAAGGAUGACACAAACGGACAGAUACUUCCUCAACAGUUCCACUAUGAAAAGAUCAAACCUCUGUAG